UGAUUCAAAAUUAAUAUAUUGUCAAAAGAGUUAUUUUUUUCAUCUCUACAACUAGACUUCAGUGUUAUGACAUGUGUUCUGUGAUUUUUAUAACCUCACUGUUGUGUUUAUUUUUUGGAAAUGUGGUGUACAAGUUUCCGUAUGGAAAGUAUAUUUAGCAUAUUAUUUUUAAAAAAGUGGAUUCGAGCUGAUUCCAGGAAACUGAAAAUUAAACUUCCUGGUUAACUAUGGCUACAAGAAGGACUAGGAUUAAAGCUGUUGCUAACGUACACCAACGUAGGAAAAAUGUAGAAGAAACGAUAAUAAAGAGCGAGGAACUAGAGAUAUCUGCUAAAAAAGACAUUUCUGGCAAAGUAGAUACUGAGAAAAAGAGUGUACCAGCGCCAGAAGAAUGUAAACUAGACUCGAAUAAUAAAGAUCCACUCGAUUAUAGUGUUCCCAUAGAUGAAAUACAAGAAACUAGCAAUGUGACCAAGCAAGCCUCGAAAGCAACCAAAGAAGAAAUAGUUGAAGCGCCUAAGAUCAGCGCAGAUGAAUUUUUGCAUCCUAGUACGGUUUUAGAUCCCUUUACACAAAAUAAUGAUGUAGGGUUCUUGAAACCUACAAACUUUAAUACCAGUAGGUCUGCUGAAGUUGAAAAGGAUAUUGUUCAAAUCACAAAUAUUGCUGAACUUAGAGAAAGUACUCAAGAGCCCAGCAUCAAGAGAGCAAGUCUACCUGAAAGUUUCAGUAACAAGGAUUAUGGUAUUAAAGAUAACUUGCAAGGGAUCCAGCAAAAUGAAAAUGAAUAUCAUAGACCUCCACCUAGUCCAACAAAGAUAAAUAGAUCUAGAAUUAAAGCUAUCCCUAGACUAGGCUAUCGUAAGACAAGCUUUAGCGCUAGUGAAUCAGAAGAUGAAGGCAAGAGGAAUAGGAACAGAAAUGAUUCUGUUUGCUCUGUUGCAUCCCUUGCAGCAUCAGAAGCAGUCACAGAGUGCAUGUCUCCACACAAACCAAAAGAAACUUCGUACAAGAAAAUUGUACGUACUGAGCUGACAAGGAAAGUUGCGGAGGCGCGUCGCGAGUUCCAGCGGAAGUUUGGUUUCGGCAAGCCGGACAGACAAAAACUCACAAUGAUGGAUUUGAUAUAUUAUAAUCCACAGGACAACCCUAUGAUCGCAGAUGAAAAAUCCAAAUCGAAGCCUGAAGCUGUCCCGAGGAACGAAGAACCAGCAGCUUCGGAAUCAGUUCCAAAAGAACCCUCGAUCCCAAGUUCCAACAAAGAAAACUCUGCCGCGGAAGAGGAAACCGAAAUGCCGGUUCCUCAGAUUAAAAUCGGGCCGACAGGAGAAAUAAUUAUAGAUGAACAAAGUUUGGUUGUGGAGCGAGAAGAUAUUAAAAGGCAAAGGGAAGAAAUACAGAAGCAGGAAUUGAUUGACGGGGAUUUCGAUACUGGCUAUGGUAUUUACAAGAGACACAAGAGAUCCAAGACUUGGACACAUACAGAGACCUUGAGGUUUUAUAAGGCUUUAAAUUCUUUAGGCACCGAUUUUACCAUAAUGACGGACUUGUUCCCCAAUAGGUCUAGACGCGAGCUGAAACUGAAGUUUGUGAAAGAAGAAAAAACGAACAGGGCGUUGAUCGACCGAGCUCUGAUGCAACCGUGCAAAUUCGAUUACGCGGACUUGAAGCGCGAAGUUGAAUUCGAAGAAAAAGAACAAGAAGAAAUCAGGAGACAACAGGAGGAGGAGAACAGGAGGAAGAAGGAAAGAAAUGUGGAAAGAAGGAAGAGAACUUUGACUGUUCAAGCUGAAAACGAGGCAAAUGAAUCAGCAAAGUUACGUAAGAAAGUACGCAGCAGAAUAGAAUCAAGAAUCAAUAACACUCUCAAUAACAUUAAUAACUCACCUGAAAAUGACAGUAUAGGAACUAUAAACGUGCACAGAAGAGUCAGUAUAGAUGAAACUUCAGAAACAAAUAGAGUGCUUGGUACAGAAGAGACUAGAGCAGAACAUGACAGAAAUGAAACCAGAGGAGCAUAUGAGAGAAGUGAAAACGAAAGUUCACAACAACAGCACAAUGUUGAGAAUGUUGAUGGUGUUGAAACAGAACAUUGCACAAGUGUAGAUGGGGAUAUGGAUGAAGAACGAGUCUUGGAAGAUGUUGAUUCCAAUGAUGAGACUCAUCGUAAGAUAACCAAGAAGCGGAGAGCUAGCACAGAGAAUAACAAGCCACCGAAGCUUCGCAGACACAGAACCAAGAAGAAAACUAACGCAGAGUCCAUCUUAGAAGACAGUGACGCGGACGAAUCUGAUAUCGCGUCGUUGAGCGAAUCGUCCGAUGAAGAGCUGGUUCUGCCUAGCAAACCGACUAGGUCCGGAAGGAUGCCUAAGAUCACCAAGAAGUAUAUGGCGGAGAGGGAGGUGCUCAGAAAAAAUGUGAAACGACGAGAUACUGAGAAUAUCGAACCCGGUUCAAUAAUGGUGAUUGCAGAGGAUGGACCUAACAAUGAGCCUGUUUACAAGAUUUUUAUGAUCACCCCUGAUAAUGGCAGAACACCUGUCAAUCUGAGUCCAGAUUCUGUUUCGAGAGCUAUACAACUGAAGAAAGGGAUUGCAGCAGAGAAUAUCUUGACCGUAUGUGCGAGUACCGAUGAGGAAGAUACCGAGGAUCAGUACGUCGAGGUAGAGGCACUUCCAGAGAACAAUUAUACAAUCGCUCAUCAUGAAGCUGAAGUAGUGAACGAGGAUCAGGCAACAGUCAUGGAAAUAGAGUCUGAUUAUGAACGCGUUUUGGUCGACGGUGUAGAAAAAGAUGCGAAACUUAGCCCGGUGGAUGGCAAGGAAUCUAAUAAUUCAGAAAAAGUAAUUUUGAUACAAUGCGGAAAGGAAUGCGUGGCAUCCGAAGUUGAAAUACGCACAGAUGUUAAGUCUGAACAACAUAUUAAUUGAUAUUUCUAAGUGAAAAACGUUCGUACGUAUUUAUUCUAUGAGCUAUUUAUAUGUAAUUGUGAAUGAAAGAAUCAGGGUCUAGCGGGGUGUUGAAAAUAACUCAAACUUCAAGUUGUCAAUUGGGGUCACAAUGUAACUCGCUGGUAUAUUCUAUUCCUAAUUGACGCAGCUCUAAACCCAAGUUGGCCAUAUACGUUAAAGAAAAUUCUUGUCAAAGGCAUCGCACUUUACACUGAGUGAAUUUACUGAAGGAGGAUGUGAUCUGAAGUCAAAAUUAGCAGAUUUUUUACUGUACAUAUGUAAUUUUUUUUUCAAUAUUUUACAGAGUUCUUUAUGCUAUACAUUUCAAAUUGUAUCAUAAAUAAACAUAUUUAAAUAAUA